AUGAAGACUCGAUAAGCAUAUCUAUCAUUAGAAUAGAUGACUUUAAGUUGCUUAACGAGUCAGAGAGAGUAUAAAUUAGUAAAUUAAAAGAGAAAUUCACUUUUAAUAUCAUUAGUUUAGCCAAAAAGGCAAAGAAAUACAUCUUAAAUUGCUGAAUUAGAUGAUAUACCAAAGAAAUAGAGAAGAAAAAGCUUCUAAGAUGGUAAGAGUGGAUAGAAAUUACUUAGAUUAAAUUGUCUAUAUCCAUUAUCUAUUUGUUUAUAGCAUAUUAGUCAAAAGCCAAAAAUAGAUAAUAAGAUUGUAUUACGUAAAGCUGUAAAAAGGGCUUCAGUAAUAUUAUCGACUGUGAAAUAUUGGAAAGAUCGUUCUCAACUGAAAAUAGAAGUUCCUACUAUGUUUAAAUCAAUGCAUUAGAGAAAUAGUUAUGCAAGUGAUAGGAAUGCAAUUACUACUCGUAGUAUAAAGAGAAGUGAUUAAAAUCCUGUAUUGUUGAAUCAAUUUAGAAUUAGAAAUAAUGAAAGGCUGAUCUAGUAUGGACUCGAUAAGACAGCCUAAAAAGCAAAGUCUGCAAGUCACCAUUUACCAAAUUAUAACUUAUAAAGUUAUUCUACACGAUAUAGCAUAUAAAAUGUACAUAUCAGAAUAAAACAAUGA